UCCCAGCGCUAAGCUCUAUCUCCCACUCGGUCCUGCAGCGCCUCUAGGCUGCAGCUAGGCGCUCCAACCACCUGCUAGGCUCUGCGUCUAGGGAAGCGGGGAGGGGAGAGGAGGGAGAGAAGAGGCGGGAGGGAGGAGGAGAGAGGCAGUUACACACGCCUUCCAGUCUCUCCACUCAGAGCAGCUCAGAGACCGCUGCCACCGCCGCUGCUACUGCUGCCGCCGCUUUCGCUGCUGCCACUGCUGCCACCUGAGGAGACCCGCCGCCCCCCCCCCCGUCGCCGCCCCGGGCGAUUCCUUCAUAGCACCGAGCUUUUUAUGCCUACUACAGCUAUCAACAUUAUUAUUUCAAGAGAAGAAAACUAACAGAAGAUACCAGCCUAAAAGAACCACGUACACCUUUCCGUGUCACUCAAGUGUCUCCGGGAAAGCCAGGUCGCUGGUCCUGGGAGGAGUAGCCGAAGGGACCGUGGGCGGGUGCUGACGGGGAGGGCGGAGGAGUUGCGGGUAUUGCGUGGUGGAAAGUUGCGAGUGGCAGAGACCUGAAGGUGCAACGCCACCACAGCCCAGGGGACAGUGUUUGGGAAAAACCGCUGCGCUCUGCAUCGGGACCCACCAGCGUGCGGGCACCGUGGGGCCCGGGACGUCGCCACCUCCUGCGGCGUGGACUCUGUCAGUGGCUCUCGAGAAGGAGGAGGAAUAUGGCAUCCAAGUCGUCCCCUUCCAGCCGUCUGGUUUUCUGCCUCUUGAUCUCCGCUGCGAUCCUCAGGCCAGGCCUUGGAUGGUAUACUGUAAACUCAGCCUAUGGAGAUACCAUUAUCAUGCCUUGCCGACUCGAUGUACCUCAGAACCUCAUGUUUGGCAAAUGGAAAUAUGAAAAGCCUGAUGGCUCUCCAGUAUUUAUUGCCUUCAGGUCCUCUACAAAGAAAAGUGUGCAGUAUGAUGAUGUACCAGAAUACAAAGACAGACUGAGCCUCUCGGAAAACUACACCUUGUCUAUCAGCAAUGCAAAGAUCAGUGACGAAAAGAGAUUUGUGUGCAUGCUGGUGACUGAGGACAACGUAUUUGAGGCACCUACAGUAGUCAAGGUGUUCAAGCAACCAUCUAAACCUGAAAUUAUAAGCAAAGCACCAUUUCUGGAAACAGAGCAGCUUAAAAAGUUGGGUGACUGCAUUUCAAAAGACAGCUACCCAGAUGGCAACAUCACAUGGUACAGAAAUGGAAAAGUGCUAUCACCCCUUGAAGGAGCGGUGGUCAUAAUUUUUAAAAAGGAGAUGGAUCCAGUUACUCAGUUAUAUACCAUGACUUCAUCUUUGGAAUAUAAGACAAGCAAGGCUGAUGUACAAAUGCCAUUCACCUGCUCUGUGACAUAUUAUGGACCAAAUGGCCAGAAAACAAUCCAUUCUGAACAGGCAGUCUUUGAUAUUUAUUAUCCUACAGAGCAGGUGACAAUACAAGUGUUGCCACCAAAAACUGCCAUCAAAGAAGGGGACAACAUCACUCUUAAGUGCAUGGGAAAUGGCAACCCUCCUCCUGAGGAGUUUUUAUUUUACUUACCAGGACAACUGGAAGGAAUAAGAAGCUCAAAUACUUACACAUUGACAGACGUGAGGCGCAAUGCAACAGGAGACUACAGAUGCUCCCUGAUGGACAAAAAAAGCAUGACGGCUUCCACAGCCAUCACAGUCCACUAUUUGGAUUUAUCCUUAAACCCAAGUGGGGAAGUGACCAAGCAGCUUGGUGAUGCCCUGCCGGUGUCCUGCACAAUAUCUGCUAGUAGGAAUGCAACUGUGGUUUGGAUGAAAGAUAACAUCAGGCUUCGUUCAAGCCCAUCAUUUUCUAGUCUUCAUUAUCAGGAUGCUGGAAACUAUGUCUGUGAAACUGCUCUGCAAGAGGUUGAAGGCCUGAAGAAACGAGAGUCACUGACACUCAUUGUAGAAGGAAAACCUCAAAUCAAAAUGACAAAGAAAACAGAUCCCAGUGGACUAUCUAAAACAAUAAUCUGCCACGUGGAAGGUUUUCCAAAGCCAGCUAUACAGUGGACAAUUACCGGCAGCGGAAGCGUCAUAAACCAAACAGAGGAGUCUCCUUAUAUCAAUGGCAGGUAUUAUAGUAAAAUUAUCAUUUCCCCUGAAGAGAAUGUUACAUUAACUUGCACAGCAGAAAACCAGCUGGAGAGAACAGUAAACUCCUUGAAUGUCUCUGCUAUAAGUAUUCCAGAACACGAUGAGGCAGACGAGAUAAGUGAUGAAAACAGAGAAAAGGUGAAUGACCAGGCAAAGCUAAUCGUGGGAAUUGUUGUUGGUCUCCUGCUCGCUGCUCUCGUUGCUGGUGUUGUCUACUGGCUGUACAUGAAAAAAUCAAAGACUGCAUCAAAACAUGUAAACAAGGACCUUGGUAAUAUGGAGGAAAACAAAAAGUUAGAAGAAAACAAUCAUAAAACAGAAGCCUAAGAGAGAAAUGGUUCUAGUUGUCCAGAGAAAAAAAAUCAUAUAGACCAAUUGAAGCAUGAACGUGGAUUGUAUUUAAGACAUAAACAAAGACAUUGACAGCGAUUCAUGGUUCAAGUAUUAAGCAGUUCAUUCUACCAAGCUGUCACAGGAUUAUAGAGAAUUAUCUCAAGUAAAACAAUGAAAUGAAAUUACAAAAAAUAACAAGUUUUGGCAGCCAUGAUAAUAGGUCAUAUGUUGUGUUUGGUUUGAAUUUUUUUUCUGUAAAUGUCUGCACUGAGGAUUUCUUUUUGGUUUGCCUUUUAUGUAAAUUUUUUACGUAGCUAUUUUUAUACACUGUAAGCUUUGUUCUGGGAGUUGCUGUUAAUCUGAUGUAUAAUGUAAUGUUUUUAUUUCAAUUGUUUAUAUGGAUAAUCUGAGCAGGUACAUUUCUGAUUCUGAUUGCUAUCAGUUAUGCCCCAAACUUUCUCACAAGUACCUAAAACCCAAAGGUGGCAGCUUGUAAAGAUUGGGGACACACACAUUGCUCUAUUCAAAGACUGAUUUUUUUCACAAGGGAGGGGAGGUAGAGAGUCAGAUUAACAAACACCAUGGGAGCUAAUUCUGGGUGUGCCACCCACUGACACCCAGAAGCCACCACAGACACAUUCAGACACAUAUGCAUGAUAAAAGUACUCCCAAACUGUCAAUUUUGCCUUUUUUGAAAAAGACAUAAUGCAGAAUUUGGGUAACACUUACCUUUAGAGACACCUGCUAGUAAAUUAUUUUCUGUCAAAGGAAUCAACAAACCAACGUGUGAGAGACUGUUUGGAAACAUCAUGGACAACAUUCCCAUUUUCAUGUAUCACAAUGUAAAUCACUGUAAUUAAAUAUCGGUGUUAAAUCCUUUGGGUUAUCCACUGCCUUAAAAUUAUACCUAUUUCCUUUUAAAAGAAAAGAUAUCAGUCAGAAUUGGAGAUUUUUAACAGUGGUCAUUAUCAAAGCUGUGUUAUUUUCCACAGAAUAUAGAAUAUAUAUUUUUUUCGUGUGUGUUUUUGUUAACUACGCUACAGAUAUUGAAUGCACCUUGAGAUAAUUUAGUGUUUUUAACUGGUACAUAAUUUAUCAAUCAGUACAUGAAAGUGUAAUAAUAAAAUAUCUAUGUAUCUUUAGUUACAUUCAAAUUUGUAACUUUAUAAACAUGUUUUAUGCUUGAGGAACUUUUUAAGGUCUUAGCAUAAAUGGAAACUUUUUGAAGUAGACUGGAUAUGGGCUAAUAGCUUCUUGUGACUAGACUUUUAAACUUUGCUCUUUCAGGCAGAAGCCUGGCUUCUGGGAGAACACUGCACAGCCAUUUUUGUCCAAUAAUUUACAUAAGUUUGACUGAAAAAAAAAUGAGCAUUAGAUUUCCACUUACAGAACUCUGUUCCUUAAGGGGAAAAGCAAAACUGGUGUUUAUUUUUUAGAGACAUAGAAUAAAAAAUUAUGAAGGCAAUGAAAAAAUAAUUGAAGAUGGAGAUUUGGAAUAUUUUGCGACUUCUGCAUUAUUUAGAAACAUGUUAUUGUACAUUUGUAAGCCGUUUAUUGUCUGAGCAAUAGUAACUCAGUUUAAUAAAAGCUUCCUGUAGUGCAUUGGUAUGGAUUAAAUACAUAAAAUAUUCUAUUAGACUCAAUGCUGUAUAAAAUAUUAUGGGAAAAAAUGUUAUUUUGCCUCUAAACUUUGAUUUAUUGAAGUUUUAUUUGGCAGGAAAAAAAAUUGAAUCUUGGUCAAUAUUUAAACCAAAGUGAAAGGGGAAAAACCAAAGUUAUUUGUUUUGCAUGGCUAAGCCAUUCUGUUAUCUCUGUAAAUACUGUGAUUUCUUUCUCUUUUUUCUCUUUAGAAUUUUGUUAAAGAAAUUCUAAAAUUUUUAAACACCUGCUUUCCACAGCAAACCAUGAACACUAAAAUGAAAUCAUUUCCAUAUUAAUAUUUUUUUUUUCCUUUUUAUUUUGGUGUGGGAGAUCAAAGGUUUUAAGUCUUACUUCUAAGAUAUGUUUGCAGACAAAAAGCAACAUGACAAUAGAAUGAGAAAAUUUAGAAAUAGAAAAAUUGUUAUGCUACAAUUAUGGCUUGGCUUCCACUUGCAAUGGUUAACUAAGUCCAAACACAGCUGUAGAACCUAGAGAGAAGAACAGGAGAAACUCAUAGCACUGGACCAAGAGCGGAAAGUCUCCCAGGAAAAAGAGGACAACAUUAUUACACUGAAUCGUGCCUGGAGAAAGGGGAGAGCUCGUGUGUGUGAUGGCAGCCAUGUACACAGCGAUAGGAGAAGAGGAUUCACAGUCCUCAACUGCCCAAGUCUGGCCUCUCCGAUUUAUCUCUUUCAGAAGAGAGACAGGUUUUACCAGUUUGAGAUUCACUCCCUAUACGUGAUUAUAGGAAUUGUAUGUGGAAAUGGAUUAACAUACCCUUCUAUACCUAAAAGAUAAUAAAAAUGGAAUAUGUCUUCACAUA